AUGGCGACACCUCCCUCCACCUGGCGCUCCCCCAGGCAGUCGAACGGCACCGUUCGGCGGCACGUUUGCUUUCGGAGGUUGAAGGGCAUUUCAGCCACGUCGUUGUCGCGUCAGCCACUGCCGUGCAACAGCGGCGUGCAGUCCCCCUCCUCGCGGUCGCGGAGGCCCCGCGAAGCCUCGCCACACCCCGCUCCACCUGCCUGCACCAUUCGUCGACCCUCUCCUUCACGCGCAGGCCCACCACGAUGA